AUGACACGCAUCCUAAAGCCAGUUAAGAAUAAAAUCAUUUACAUCGACGAUGUUCUAAUCUUCGCUGAUUGCCUUGAAGAUUUAAGGAAAACCGUAUGCGAGGUGUUGAAGAUAUUGAGAGCCAAUAACCUUACAUUGAAUAGUGCAAAGUGCGAAUUUGAUCAGACGCGCUUGAAGUUCCUGGGACAUGAGAUUGACGAGAACGGUUUUCACGUUGACGAUGCCAAGAUAAAAAGCAUACGCAAUUUCCGAGAACCAAACACGGUUUCCGAAUUACGUAGUUUUUUGGGAUUGGCAGCGUUCAUCAGCCCACACAUAAGAAAUUUUGCGGAUAUCACUAAUCCCUUAUGGGAAAUUAUUACUGCAAAAGUGUGGACAUGGGGGCCUAGACAAAGUAAUGCUUUCAAAACCGUCAAAGAUCAAAUCAUCAGCUGCUGCGUAUCCUUGGGAUUUUUCUCCGAAACCGACAAAACGGUCUUGUACACGGACGCCUCUCCGGUUGCCCUUGGCGCCGUUCUAGUGCAAGAAGACGAACAGGGAAAGUCUCGAAUCAUUAGUUUCGCAUCAAAAUCACUUACCAGCAUUGAACGAAAAUACGCUCAAAAUCAGCGUGAGGCCCUAGGGGCUGUAUGGGCUGUAGAGCAUUUUUCGUUUUAUCUACUUGGAAGAGAAUUCACAUUACGAACCGAUGCUCAAGGAGUGUCUUUUAUUUUAAAUCGAUCUCGCGAAGACUCUAAAAGAGCUCUUACGCGAGCCGAUGGAUGGGCAUUGCGUCUAAGCCCCUAUAACUACAUCGUGGAAUACGUUCGAGGUGCGGAAAACAUUGCAGAUCCUUCUUCGCGUUUAUACAGUGGAGAUGAUAGUCCUUUUGACGAAACCAACAGUCCAUGGGAGAUUGCGUGCCUCGAAGCUAACACGGUUCAGUUUAUGACAGAAAAUGAAAUCGAGUUAGCUACAUCCAAAGACGAAACCCUUCAAGCAGUCAUAGGCGCACUAGGCUCUGGACAUUGGCCUAAACAUUUGCGGCGAUACCAAAUUCUCGAAAGCGACCUAACUACCCGCCACGGUUUAUUAGUCAAAACUGGUUGUGUGGUCAUCCCAGAUGAGUUAAAAGAACGUUGUCUAAAGGUCUCGCAUCAAGGCCACCCUUCGGCCGCUAAACAGAAAAGCAUUUUGAGACAGCGCGUUUGGUGGCCCGGAAUGCCUAACGAUGUUCAAAAAUGGGCAGAAUCUUGUCCAACAUGUGCUGUGAAUGGUAAACCGGAGAGACCCACCCCAAUGCAGCGCGUCUUCGCACCGAGGGCGGUGUGGGAGACCAUUGCCUUGGAUUUCAACGGGCCUUAUGCGAAGUUUGGGGGUGUAUCCAUUUUGGUCAUUGUGGACUACAAGUCAAGGUACCUGAUGGCACGGCCGGUAAAAACAACGAGCUUUGAGCACACGAAAAAAGUGCUUGAAGACGUAUUUGAGCGAGAAGGGACACCAAAAUUCAUCAAAACUGAUAACGGUCCUCCCUUCAACGGUGAGGAGUACAAAAAGUAUUGUGAAACUCGUGAUAUAACUCCUAUCUUCUCAACGCCGCUGUUCCCGCAGCAAAAUGGGCUGGUGGAGGGCUAUAUGAAGCUCAUAAAUAAGGCAAUGGCUAGCGCUACAAUGAAUAGAACAAACUAUAUAGAAGAGCUGAGUAUGGCCAUUCAAGCUCAUAAUGCUGCUAUCCACAGGGUGACGAAGCUCCCACCGGAGGAAAUUAUGUCUGGUCGGAAAAUCAAGCGGAGUCUUCCAUUAAUGACUUUCGAGAGAGUUGAAAUUGACGAGGAACUACUUUCCGAAAGAGAUCGUGAUGCUAAAAUUUCCGGAAAACAUCGAGAGGAUCAACGGCGCGGUGCUCGUCCUUGUCGAGUACGUCCUGGCGACACCGUUAUAGUCGAGCGACAAACUCAUGGAAAAGGGCAAUCGCGGUUUUCACCUACGAGGUACACAGUAACCGAAGACCGAAACGGAAGCCUUACACUCAACGAUAACGAGGGCCAUAUGCUAAAGCGGCACGUCUCUCAAACAAAAAAGGUAUCUGAUUGGCGCGACGAAGACAGGUUGAAACAUCCAGAUGAACCGCUUCAAUCUAACAUGAUGCCGAGAAAUGCAAGAGUGAAGAAAGCUCCAUCUUACCUGCGUGACUACGUUCAUGUUGCGGAGAAUUCAUAA